CUCCCCUCGGUAACUUAUAUACUCCACCUGCAAGGCUUGUUCAUCUCCCUUUCCCUGUUAUGAGCUGUAAAGCUGAAAGGCCAUGCUCCCACCCCACGUUCUUGUUCCAGGUAUCAUGACUGAUACCUACUAAGAACAGACUCUUACUAUUAUCUCCUUUGCCUUCAACCGAGUCAACCUCUUUCUCUCGCCAAAUGUCAGUCACUCAACUAAGCGCAUAACUGCUGUCUGACUUCUCAACACUCUGGUUAGCCCACCAUGUCUAAUACAAGCAACUGUGGGGCAGACGCACUCCGUCCGCGUCGCCUCCAAUCAUUGAAAGUCUCAGCUUAUUCUCAAUUAUCCUGGAGUGCUCUAAUCGCAUCGGGUCAAUGCGCGACCAAGCUCCCAGAUCAAUGCAGCCGGAUUCAAACUCUCCUCAACCAGACCCCAUCCAUCCCUUCCGCUUUGGAGGUUCCUGACUCUAUCGUAGGAAAUAAUCUGGUCUUAGAAGGCUAUUCUAGGUGGUCAGUCUCUUCGCGUUCUCAGCGGAUGGGUAGCGAAUGCGCUCUGGAUGCCAGCAAAGCUUCCUGUCCUCGAAGCGCGUAUAUUGGAGUGUCGCGCCCAAGCACGUGUGUGUUGUCCGGGGGAUUCAUUCCCCAAUGGUCCGGCUUCCAAUCCUUAGCGCAAUCCUCUGGAAAUCAUCUAGCACUCUGUGUUCUAGGCUGGUCGUACGUCCUCUCUGGUCCUGUGACUUGACAUAUCACCCACUGAGUCGUGCAAUUUCUCACGCCGCAUUUUUCGAAGGUAUGGAC